AUGGCGACCAAUGAGGUUGACUCUUGGAUGACUCCAAUAAUCAAAUACUUGGACCAAGGAGAACUACCACCAGACAGAAUUGAAGUCCUCAAUCGAACCUCUCUAACCCACCCAUGGGCGAGAUGCGUCUCGACGGAGAUUGGGAACCUAAUCCUGAUGGAAAUCCAUGAAGGAAUAUGUGAGGCUCAUGAAGGCGCAGUUACGAUCGCAAGAAAAACAAUGCUUCAAGUAUAUUACUGGCCGACCAUCAAGGAGGAUGCAAAAGCACUCGUGAAAAAUUGCGACAAAUGCCAAAGACACGACAAUUCAGCCACAGACCAGCAAUACCCCAAGGAUCUCUAG